AUGAAUCCAACUCCUGAGGAACGGUUCGAGGAGGCGUCCAAGCACGCUCGCCUCAUCAACGCCCUUCUCUCCCACCCAGCAUGCCGCUUGAUGCCAGACGGCAGGCCGCACAAGACUCAAACUCCCCUGACACUCUACUGGGUCAUCGACUUCGAACUCAACACCUGGAACAACUACGUCUUGCCUCUCCUCCCUCACAACGCGGCAAAGAAUAGUCGCGCUCUAGCAAUCCUUCCUGGCUCGGACUUUACCGAGAGACCCCACCUCCUGGCAGAUGAUUUGUACCCCCGUAUGAGCGUUGGAGGACUCAACGAGAAGUGGUCAGACUCCGUCGGACGAAGUGUAAUGAUCACCAGCAUUAUCUUAACACCAGGCCAACAGAUGAUGUUUGGCGGCCUGUUUCCGUUUGGCCCCGAAGUUGAGGCCGCGGCGAGAGAAUUUGGCAAGGACUAG